AUGGCCACUCCCAACGCAAUACUCACUCCCAAUUCCCCCGUCCUCGCAUCCGCACCGACAAAAGAACUAAACGACGACGCCCCCGAUGCCAUAGAACUAGGCGCCCCCGUGCAAAGGCGCGAAAACACAUCCAUCUUCUCGCGGUGGCAGAAGCGAUGGAUCUCCCUCAUAACCUCCUUCGCAGCAAUGUUCUCAACCCUCAGCAGCUUCGUCUACCUCCCCGCCCUCACCCCCAUAUCCCGCGACCUCAGCGUCUCCAUCACGCUCAUGAACCUCACUGUCACAUCCUACCUAGUAGUCGCGGGCAUCGCGCCCGCGUUCAUAGGCGAUAUUGCAGACCAGAGCGGCCGCAAGCCCGUGUACAUCCUCAUGUUCCUGCUCAUGCUGGCGGCGAACCUGGGCAUGGCGAAUCUGACUAGAUGGAGCGUGCUGCUGGUGCUGAGGAUGAUACUGAGCACGGGGGCGUCAGGUACGGUGAGCGUUGCGUAUGGUGUUGUUGCGGAUAUUACGACUGCUGGGGAGAGGGGGUCGUUUAUCGGGACGAUCUUUUUGUUCACGACAAUGGCGCCGAGUUUGGGGCCUGUAUUGGGAGGUAUACUUGCAGAGAAACUCGGCUGGCGCUGGAUCUUUUGGUUCCUCUCCAUCCUCACUGGAGGAACCCUCGUGAUACUAGCCCUCCUUCUUCCCGAGACGCAGAGAAAGAUUGUCGGAGAUGGAAGUCUGCCAGCCAGAGGGAUAUACUGGAGUCUGGUAUCCCCAAAGGCCUCAAGGUCAACUCGACAGAGCCAAGGAGAUGCCGAGCCUCGUGAAAAGAGAGGCUGCCGAUUCCCCAACCCUCUGACCUGCCUCCCCGUGCUCAUGGACAAGGGGUCUCUCUUCUCGAUCCUGAUCGGAGCCUUGCAGUAUGUCAAUAUCAUGACGCUGCAGACGUCGCUUGCAUCGCUGAGCAUCGAGAUAUACGACCUGAACUACCUGCAGGCGGGCCUCAUCUACAUCCCCUGCGGAGUAUGCUCAGCGGUGUCUGCAAAAGUCACAGGCAAGUAUAUCGACUGGAACUUUCGCCGAACCCGACACAGACUAGGCGUAGAAGAUGCCCGCAGCGUGGGAGACAUCGAAGGCUUCCCUCUUGAACAUACUCGCCUCGAAGGAGCCUACCUCCUCACGAUAAUAUGCGCCCUAACAACAGUAGGCUACGGCCUGGUCGUCGAGUUCAAAACAAUGACAGCCACCCUCAUCACAGACUACAACACGCACCGCUCGGCAACAGCUCAAGCGGCGUCCAACCUCAUCCGCUGCGUGGGCGCGGGAGCAGGCACGGCGUCGUUCGAACCCCUCAUCCGCGCGAUCGGUUCUGGCUGGGCGUUCGCGAUCUACGCCAUCCUGGUCCUGCUCCAGGUGCCGUUGAUUUGGGGAUUGAAGAGGAACGGCAUGGCCUGGAGGAGCAGGAACAAGUGA